AUGGAAACCAUCUUUAAGGUGGUGAUCUAUACUUUAGAGCAGAAAGUUAUCUUGGCCACGGUACAGUUGGUUAGUGCUGUUAAGAGAUGGUGGGAAUCUAUGAGACCAACUGGUGGUAUUUGUUUGAACUGGGAUGAAUUCAAGAGAAUAUUCUUUGACCAACACUUUCCAGUCUCAUUCAAAACUGAGAAGAAAGAGGAAUUUCAUGCUUUCAGGCAGGGAGACUUGGACGAGGAAGAGUUUAUAAGAAGAUUUAAUGAUUUAUCGACUUAUUCCACAUAUCUCCAGUAUGGUAAUGACUCGAAGUGGAAAGUUGAGAGGUUGCUUGAAAAGAUGAGACCCAAGUACAAGCAAUAG